AUGCUUGUCACUACCUCCAGGACAAACAAUUCACAUUCCUGUAUAUUUGUCCAAAGUGUUGCCAACUUUGUUGAACUAGCAUAUUAUGGCACAGGGUAUAUUUCACCCCAGUACCUGAAAACUCAAGUAACCCAGAGGCCUUGCAUCCUAGGUAAACUAGAUGGAUGGGCUCAGGCAGUUGAAGGAUACUCUGUGCCUGGAUUAUGUGCCAUAUCAAACUCCAAGGAAAAAGAUUACGUCAAGACUUAUGGGCUCCAUUGUGAUCAGCUGGUCAUGAUGAUUUUGCAUGCUCUGUCCUCUCAAUCAGCAUCCACAGAGGUGACCAUAGGGAGCUCAGGUGACGAAGGCCCUCACCUCAUAAACGAAAAUACUGAGGAAGAGGUAGAUGAUCAUGGCAAAGAUAAGGAUGAUGUAAUGCACCCUCCUCAGGAUUGGGAGGAUAUGGACUUCAUUGAUGAGAUAGAUGAGGAUACCAUAUGGCUAGAAGGCGAUCAAACUGUGAAAGAAGAUUCCUUUAUCAUAGCUAUCAGUAUUGAUAUUCAAGGACACUUUGUUCCUCCGCAUCUGAUCUCCAGUCACCUGGCCAAGUUAAUCUACGCUAUCAUGUUCUCUAUUUUGACAGAGGUCAUGAAGACUUUUGAAGGUUAUAUCACCCUUCCUCGACUUCAGUUCACCACAUUUGAUGGCCCUGACUUUACAUUUGAUGAGAAACCACUUUUGGUCACCUCCAUGGCCAAAAUUGAUGCUGUGCUACAGCAUCUCAAGAACCCAGAAGAAGUUGUUAACCAGCCUCAUGAGCAUGCCAUAGGCUGUGGAAUUCUGGCUUCAGAGAUGCAGGCCACCUGUAAUCUGCUGAAAUUUGUGAUGGCAAACCACAAACUCUACAAAAAGUACUUCAGUAUUGAUUCCAGUGGAAAUCCUAUUCCGCUCAAGGGGCCAUGGGAGGAAUACCUGUGA